AUGAAAGGCAGCUUUCUCAGCACCUUUCCUUUUCGUUCGAUCAUGCGAGUUUACUUUCUGAUUGGUGUCAUUGCUCUCGCGGCUGCAUUGGAGGAUGCCGCUUUACAAAGUCAAAUUUAUGGAGAUCGUCUUGACCAGAAGAAAAGCGUAAUCGAUAAAAUAUUUAACAUUCCAAUUACGGCCGUUAAACAAACUGCAGUAGUAGCGCAAUCAUUUACACCAGAAAAUAAGGAAACGAUCGACAACAUUUUUCAGAUCCCAAUUUCAACUUUGGAGGCGGUUGGAAGUCUCGUAAAAACAACUUCAUCGCAGAGAUUAGAAAACGCUGAUGAAAUUCAAAAGAGACGUCAGGAGAGACGUGAUCGAAUACAGGCUCAACGAGAGGAACAGAGACUAAGAAGAGAGCAAAUACAAAACGAACGAUUGCAAAAGAAGGCAUCGAGAUAUCCAAGACACCAUCAAAAAGAUCCUUUUGGAUUGAAUUCGUUGACGAAACUUUUUAUUAACCAUCAUGGUGCCCUUUACAAACCUCAUCAAAUACAUUCUCUUCUUGGAAAUUAUCACUGUUGUUCAAGUAACGGUCAUGGCGGUAAUAAUGGCGGUAAUCAUGGAAGUCAUGGAAAUUACGGAGGUGUACAUGAAAUUCUUGGUGAUAGCGAACAUGGUCCUAACAUGUAUCAGGUACAUGAGGAAAUUAACGAAGAAAACGAUUCGGUCGGAACUUUCUUCGGACAUUUUUCGUUGAAUUCAUCAAAAGACAAACUUCAGAACAAGGUGGCGCCGUCGAUCGAUAAGGAACGAAACGAUUCAAUAUUUGAAAAUAUUUCAACAAGGAAAAAGAACAAAUCGAGAUAUCCAUACGACGAGCCACCGUUACAAAAUAAAGUAGCUCCACGAAAUACCAAGAUUACGUUCGUUUGACUUAUGUUAUUUCUUCUCGUUUAAUUUCUUCUCGAAUUAUUUUACGAUUUUCUCUUUUUAUUUUUAUUUUUUUUUUUUUUUUACCACUUACUCUUACGAUCAACAAUUUUCGAGAUUAUAAAUUGUGUAAAACGUAAUUAGUCAUUUUAUAGAUUCUCAUUUUAUAAAUUAUCAAUCAACCAUAUAUAACUACCGAAAUAUCUCGUUCUAUUGAAUUUCAUUAUCAUAGUAAUGCACGUCACGAGAAUUCCCCGAACAGUGAAAACCGGUUAGAGGACGUAUGAAAAUGCAGUUAUUCGUUUACGAUAAUGCAUUAGCGUGAAUAAUUGUUUUUUUUUUCUUCGCAUGAAUUUAAUGUCAAUGUAAAAUUAGUGUAAAAUACAAAUGUUUUUUAGUGAUGAGUCGAACAUAAGUCAUCUUCGAGAUAAAAGCUCGAAUAGCUUCGUAAAUAAUUAUAUUCAUUGAAUAAAAAGCAAUGACGCUGA